UGAGCGCCUUCCCAUGCGCGUUCACGCCAGCAGCACCGCGGCCAGGGAGCGAGCGUCAUCGUGCGCGUCUUUAACUUUGGUGCGUUGCUUCAGUGGAGACUUGCUGACUUUUGCAUCAUUUUGGCUCCUUUUUCACCUUCUCUUCUUCUGCUUCCAACUCGACCGAGACCUUGGACGUAAGUGGCCCUGGUCCGACCUGACGAGCAGCAGAGAGACUGACACCAAAGCGGCCCUGAACACGAUCCCGACAUCUUUGUUAGCCAGCAGACAUGUUGAUCGUCCUAGUCCUCAUCAUGCUCUUCCACGUGGCCGCGGCCGUCCUGCUCUUUGUUUCCACCAUACACAAUGCAUGGUGGUUGGUGUCUCUACCGGGACGGGACGUGAUCUACUCUGACCUGUGGUACUCCUGCAACGCCACCUGCUACCCCGUGGAGAAGAGCCACACCCCUGACGCAGCCUACUUGCAGACCGUGCAGGCCACCAUGAUCCUGGCCACCAUUUUAUGCUGCGUCAGCUUCUUUCUCUUCAUCCUUCAGCUCUUCAGGCUCCAGCAAGGAGAGAGAUUCAUCUUCACGGCUAUUAUUCAGAUUUUGGCCUCCGUGUGCGUGAUGAUCGCGGCGUCCAUCUACACCACUCAGCACAAGUCCUUCCACGUGAGCAGUCUCCAUGACGGCUCCUAUGGCUCCUCCUACAUCUUGGCCUGGGUCAGCUUCCCCAUGACGCUCCUCAGCGGCGUCAUGUACCUGGUGCUCAGGAAACGCAAGUAGGCGCGCACGAGCGGGAACACUUGGACGCCGCCCAUCGGGGGAAACGUUGCCGUAUCGACGCUGUGACAUAGACAACAUGGCGGCCUCUGUUGUUUUCAUUUCAGACGCGUUUGACCUCGCUUUUUAGCGCCAGCUGUCGCGCCAAUUUGCAUUUCAGGUUGGGCACGUGUCAGCUAGAGAUCCUACUUCGCCAAAGUCCAGUUUGCAUUAAAGAUAUAAUAAUAAUAGUAA